UAAACGCACAGAUAAUUUAUUUUUAUCGGAUCACUCGCUAUUAGCCUCAGGCUGUUAGCAUUCCCAGCCUGCCUGCUUACUGCUUAACACACUGUUCUCAUUAUUACAUCAGUAAUGGCUAAUGUUUCAGAUGUGUUUGUACCUCUGUGUGCAGAUGAGGAAACGAUCGCACUUCAGUCGGAACUGUUGGCUGCGGAGAAGAAGAUCCAGGAUUUACUAGAGAAGCAGACACGGCUGCGAGAACGAAAAACGGCGUUGGAAACAUCUAGAGCUGACGCUCGUAAAUCCGCGGUAAGUUUUCAUCGCGAUUUUAAUACUCCUUCCACUUCUACUCCGCGUGUUUCUCUGCACAGAGCCCAGGCUUCGAGAACAUGGUCAGCCCAAAUGAACUUCACUCCUGCACCGGCACACCCACGGCGAAAGGCGCGAGCUAGGACUGGAGCUAUGACCCAACCGCCGCCACCGGUCUUCGAGAUCCCGACCAGGAACCGCUUUGCCGCCCUCUGUGAGACGGAAUGCAACGCUGUGGUCAUCGGAGACUCAAUCGUCCGGAACGUACGCGCUUCCUCCACUAAAGGUAAGGUGCGCACUCAUUGUUUUCCUGGCGCCCGUGUUCUUGAUGUCUCUGCGCAGGUACCUGCGAUCCUGAACGACGAUGCUAACGUCGGAGCUGUAGUGCUGCACGCGAGGGUGAAUGACGUCAGGAUGAGGCAGUCGGAGAUCCUGAAGAGGGACUUCAGGAGUCUGAUCCGAGACGGUACGCAACGCAUCGCCCACGGCGAGGAUCAUCGUAUCAGGGCCGCUUCCUACCUACCGACGAUGGAAUGAAAAGUUCAGUAGACUAUUCGUUCUAAAUAAAUGGUUGAUGUCAUGGUGUAUUGAACAGAAGCUGCUCUUUGUUGAUAAUUUUGAUCUGUUCUGGGAGCGACCUAGGCUCUUCCGCCCUGACGGCCUGCACCCCAGCAGCAUCGGAGCGGUUCUUCUGUCUGACAACAUCUCAAAGACGCUACGCACCGCUUGACUACGUCUCCCAGUGGGAGAGAUUCCGCCAGGCCCAGAUGAACGUCAUAUGCCCAUCCACAACUAGAGAUUACGCCAGCUACAUCGGAAAAUCCCGUGCCAUCCUCCUGCGAGAGCCUGCGGACUGACUGACCAUCCAGCUCCAUCCAAGGCAAUUCCAUCACCACCCAAGAAAAAGGCGACCAUCUGGCCGGCCCAGCUCAGACAAUUCCAUCCCCAACCGAGAGCAAAGACGGACUGCCUGUCACAUAAAUGCUAAAUUUACAAUACUUGGUAUUUAAUGCUAAACUUACAUCACACGACAGCAGUUUGAAGUUAUGGCUGCACUCAGUGACUUUGAUUGGAGGUACCUGGGUGGGUGUUGUAGGGAGUGGGGGGGCUUGUUGGUUGUGGUUAGGGGCGUUUCAUUUGUUGGGACUGUGUGGGUCUGGUCUGGUUGGUCUUGUUUUGUGGUCGAUGUUGGACAACAGAGGAAUAAAGUUAAUUAUGCCAUUACUACUUUUCCCUGGUUGUCCCUCUGUUGUCUGUUGUUGAUCACGGAAUGGGACCGGGUUGGACCUGCACGGUUUCGGCGGGUGGGGCUUCCUUGGUCGCAGCUCGUGGGCUCUCCCUGUUCUUCGUGGACGUUGCUCGGUGGCUUUGGUCGGGGUCACUGAGUGCAGCUAUGACAUGUCAGAGGAGAUCUGGCCCUCCCGGCUGAGCCUGGUUUCUCCCGAGUUUUUUUUUCCUCCAUUAUUCAGCAUUGGAGUUUGGGUUCCUCGCCACAGCAGAGCAGUGCAGUGUUGGCUUGCUCACCGGGAGACUGCAUUUAUUUAUUUAUUCAUUUAUUUAUUAGAAAUUAUUUAUUAUAAUGAUCUUGCUUGGUCUGUAAACACCAUGCACUGUGCUGUGUUUUACCUUUCUGUGUUUUUCUUAUUUGCUCCUGUAAAGCUGCUUUGGAACAAUGCACAUUGUGAAAAGCGCUAUAUAAAUAAAAUUGAAUUGAAUUGAAUCUCGGAAAAGUCAAACGGAGCGCUUUGGCCACAAUGGCCAGAUAUUUGUUCUUAUUAUCCAAUCAAACUCCAAACAUGCUGUUUUGGAGAGUGGAACUUCUUACAUUGCAAUAAAAAGGAUUUACAUUUUUCAAAUUGCAACCACGCCCACAAGACUACAUGGGUUGAUCGUUUGUUGUUGCUGCAGCAUAGCCAAGCUCAUACCGCUGCAAUCUUAGGCAGCUGCCCGGGAUGUGUGCGCUCACUGCCUGUGUUUUUGCCUGCUAUGCCUCCACUGUUUGCGCUCACUCCCAGCGUUUGCUGUUGGUGCUUUUACCCACAGUGUGCUUAGUGCACACUCGCUGCUAGCUGCCCCACUAUGCGCGCUGGCUUCGAGCGUUUGUGGGUGCAUAUACAUUUAAUAUAUUAGACAUGUAUACAAUUUUUAUAAAGAACGUUUGUGGGUCUUAAAGUAUCGACUUCCUUGUCAGGGAGCUAUCAAUCAAAAACUCACUAGCCAAUCAGCGUAAAGCGGCCAUAAGUCCUGCCUACACGUGAGAUUUGUGCCAGAAAGGCGAACGAAAAAUUGAGAAGCGUAAACGAAAACUCGGAAAGCGCAAAUGAAAAAUCUAGCAGCAAAUUCAAAACUAUUAUUUGCAAAAACGAAACUUAGAAAAUUUUUAAGAAAAAUAGCAGUUUAUUUGAAAAUCAUGUCACAUUCUUGCAAUUGAGUUUAUUGUUUUCAUUAUCAAAGUGUUUUUUUUCUUUCUCAUUGUAUAUUUUUGUUCGUUUUUUAAAAGUUUGCGUUCAUUUUUAUUGGCACAAAAGGAAUCCCAUAGACUCCACCUAUUUGUGGAUUGUGCGCACGUCUUGACCUUAGAAAUGUUUCAAAAUCCACAAAUGCACAGAGAGCCAUCCACAAAUGUGUGCACUGAUCCACAAAUGUGUGCAGCGAUUCACAAAUGCACAGAAAUCGAUCCACAAAUGUGCAGAAAGCGAUCCACAAAUGAAACUCUCUAUAUUUAUUUGCGGAUCAUAGUUUAUUUAUUCAGAAUAAUGCAACAAUUCUGAUCCCAUAUUUACACGACAUUGUCAUCUCUGUGUAAACUGAGACACACGCUGACGUCAUGUGCAUGCGUAUUAAGUGUUCAGUAUAGGCAUGCGCGAGUAUUCCCAAAACAAUAAUGAUGUCCUAGAGGACUGCACUGAAAAAAAUGAUACUUUAACGAACUUAAUUAAAUUAUGGACAGUGGUUCCACACAACAGAAAUAUGUUAUCUCUACUCAAAUGCUUAAUGUAUGAUGAACUAAACUGAACUGAGUAAACUUAAACAACCAUGUCCAAAUAAUGUCCAAAUAACUUGAAUCAAAUAAGUUCAUCCUACUAAAAGUAUUUAAGUAUCUAAAAGUAGAGAUAACAUUUUUCCAUUAUGUGGAACCACUGCCCAUAAUUGAAUUAAGUUAGUUCAAGGUAAGAUAUUAGCAGUUAUUUUUAACACACUAAAUAAGCUAAAUAAAGCUCGUAUUGUUAGCCAGAAGUUGGUUUUCUUAAACUUUCGGCAUACCCCAAGUACUUGCUUUUUUAUUUAAGCAAUUUUAAAUCUGGUUAGUAGGUCCUCAACCCAAGCACAUGCUCUACACUUUACCACAAUGGUAACCCCCCAAAAGCAUUAACAUACCAGAAACUCUUUUAAAUACAAACAUAAAAGAGUAUUAAACAUGAACAAAUAUCCCCGUUUCAUCAUUUUGAUAAAAUAUGUAUAAAAUAACAUUUAUUGCAACUUUUACUCUUCCUAUUCAGCCCCGUGCAAAGCAUGAUGGGAAGUGGAAACCUUGUCCCUAGUUAAUAACGCUACUUUAAUUAACUAAAUUAAUUUAUGUUGUGUUAACUUGAUUCAUUUGAGUAAAUUGAACAAGCACCAAAUAUGAUUUUGAUCUACUUGAUUGAAACAUGUUAAUAUAAAAUGUAAACAUUUAGUUAAGCCAAAGCAUUACUGUUUUUAGUCUGUUUAACACAAUGCAAUUGUGUUUGAACAUAAAACCUAAUACAAUGGUGUUAAAACAAAAUUAAUUGUUUAAAUAAAGUGAACAGUAUCAUAAAAUCAUUUUUUGAGUGUGUAUGUUUGUGCUACGCAACAUAAUCAUUCAAGUUUCUCCAGCAAAGAGUAGAUUUUGCACCCCUACGACCAGCGGAAACAUAUUAGCUGUGUCUCAUUUCAGAAAGAUGUGUACUAUUUCAGAAGGCUGCGUCCUCCAGAGGUCUUCUCCUUCAGAGGAUACGGUACACAGAGGAUCCUCAAUUUAUAAUUAAACGAGAUGUCCUUCGCAGGACAUACUGGCUGGAAAGGAAACAGGAAGUACCACUUUGCUAUGGCAACACAUUGCGCUCUCACACCUGUCAAAUUCAUUAAAAUGAUUUUGACAUCUUAAACAAUGCCAGAAGAGUUAAACAAAUUUACCAUUUCUUGCCUUACUGUUUUAAACGUUAAAGAAAAUCACUAAACACUUUUAAUCUCAUUUACUAUGCUUGCUGAGGUAAAAAUACGUAACACAAAUUGUGAACUGUUUAUUUGUUAACUGUUAACUGUAAUCUGUUACAUUUGAUUGAAUGUGCUGCUGUUUAUUCAAAUAAAAGACAAUGGGUGACUCAAAUAAUUGUGGGUUAUCCUCUGAAUUCCUGUGAAGGGUGCAUUCAGAGUGUUCUACCUGCUUUUAUGAAAAGAGACAGUCUCGGUGACGUAGCAGCCUUCAAAAGUGACCUCCAGAGGAUGCAGCCUUCCGAAACGAAACACAGCUAUUAUUUACAAUUACUGCACAGGUGCAUCGUGUUUCUUCACAAAGUGACAUCGCCAACUAGUGGCCUGGUAUACAUAAUA